AUGAAUGAAAUCAACAGGCUGUGCCCGGGAUCCCCCUCGUUCCCCCAGGUGUUGCAGGACCCGCCCUUCCUCUGCUCCACCCACUGCGCCUUCCCACCGCCCGCACGCCCGCCGCGGAGGGAGGGACGCGGCUCCGCCCCCGGCGAGGCGGAGGCAGCGCCCCGGGCAUCUCGGGCGCCUCCUUCGGCGCUGGGCGCCUGGGCGCGCGGCGCGGAGCUGUGCGCGCCCUGCCGCGGCUGCUUAGGGCGCCCGGGACUGCGCUCUGCCAUGGCGUCGGCGGCGCUCCUGCGCUUCGGGCCGCCGCUGCUGCUGCUGCUGGGUUUUUGCUUUUUCUCUCCCACCCCCUCUGAAGGCUUUGCCAUUUUCGACUGUGUGACUGGCAAUGGAAAUGGAACCGCCGAACAGGAAACAAAGAGGCUGUCCUGCGGCUACCCAAAUGGAAAUUGCACAGGUGGCACCACAGGAUUAAGGUGGAGAGGGCAUUUUUCGAAAUGUCCUGAGGAGUACAAACAUUACUGUAUCAAGGGAAGAUGCCGUUACGUUGCAGCAGAACAGAUACCGGCAUGCAUCUGCGAGAAAGGCUACACUGGCGCAAGGUGUGAGAGGUUGGAUCUGUUUUAUUUGAGAGGGGAUGAAGGUCAGAUUGUGGUGAUGUCUUUGAUAGCUGUGAUGGUGACGCUCAUCGUAUUGACUGCAUGCAUAUGCGCCUGCGCUCAUUACUGUAAAAAAAGGCGCAGGAAGAGGAGAGAGGAAGAAAUGAUGACAUCUGAGAAGAGGCUGCCUAUUAGAACAGAUGAUAUUCUAGAGACAGACAUUGCAUGAAGGUUGUCAAAAGGUGCCUGCAAGCAGGUUCCAUACUUUCCAGUGCCCUUUUGAUCUUGACGGAAUUCAUGAGGGCUAGUGACUUGAAAACCAAUGUGGCUAAAUGGAUGAAGGUGUAAUAAUUGCUGUGCAUUUGUGACUUUAUUCUACGAAAAAAAAAUCAGGAGGAAUCGUCUAACAUGGGAAAACCAGGAUUUUCCAGAAGCACAUAAUGGAUUUUCACAGUGUUGCUUUUCAUAUCCCCUUCAGUGCUUCAAUAACCUCUCUUGAAUUUGCCAGCAUGGAAGAGAAGCAGGUGUUCUUUUUUAUAUAUAUAUAUAAAUGAUACAGGAAUAGAUGUAAUAAUCUGUAGUAUUUUUAUGUGCAGCAACAUUUGUGAACCAAAGUGUGCCUUUAGGAACAAAUGUAAAUGCCAAUGAGGUCUAGAUGUUGUAUUUCUACAAAUAGCUGCUGCAAUUGAUGAUACAAUGUGCUUUUGUUUUUAUGUGGCAAGGAUGUUUUCUGUUGGCUGUUUCUAAUGCAGCUGACCUCUUUCUUUGCUAAAAAGAGAGAGUUGCAUUGUAACUGUGGUAAUGAGAAUUUGGAAAGUGUAAAUUUCCCUGUUUUGCGUGUCUUGUCUCUUAGAUAUUUGAAAACGCAAAAGGUGAUUUCUUGUGAGUGUCUUAUGCUUCCAUUAUAUCAGAGCAAUACUAAACAGCAAAUGGUCUCUUGGACUUUUAAAGACUUUUUUGAAGAACUUUCUGUUAAAAUAUAAAAGCAGGAUAUUUUAUUAUGAGAGAGUGCAACGUUCCUAUAUGAUCAGACAAAAUCUGCUUUACACAUUUGGCAGCUUCCCAAACUGUUGCAAAUUCUCGCCUGCAAUGUUUGGCGGUGAAAAUGCUCGUUUUAUCAUAGACCAAAAAACCAGCCCUUGGUGCCUUAACCCGCGGGAAAACAUUUUUUUUGAAAAAAUCCCUAACCCGUGGGGUCAAAAUUUCACAAAAAACUGACGUUAUCCAAUUCACUCAAAAAUGGUUCCAAACUGUUGCAAAUUCUCCCCUACAAGGUUUGGCGGUGGAAACAGAAGGGUUUUUUAUCAUAGGCCAAAAAAUCAGCCCUCGACGCCUUAACCUGCAGGAAAACAUUUUUUGGGGAAAAAACAACCCUAACCUGCAGGGUUAUGCUUAAAAUUCUGCAGGGUUAUGCAGGGUUAUGCUAGCAAGCUUAUGCUUAAAAUUCUACAAGGCAGGCUUAGGCAGUAUGUGGACCGAGAACUCCCAGAAGUGCAAGCUGGAUUUCGAAGGGGCAGAGGAACCAGAGACCAAAUAGCAAACAUGUGAUGGAUUAUGGAGAAAGCUAGAGAGUUCCAGAAAAACAUCUACUUCUGCUUCAUCGACCACAGCAAACUAUGGCAAGUUCUUAAAGAAAUGGGAGUGCCUGAUCACCUCAUCUGUCUCCUGAGAAAUCUCUAUGUGGGACAAGAAGCUACAGUUAGAACUGGAUAUGGAACAACUGAUUGGUUCAAAAUUGGGAAAGGAGUACGACAAGGUUGUAUAUUGUCUCCCUGCUUAUUUAACUUAUAUGCAGAAUUCAUCAUGCGAAAGGCUGGACUAGAUGAAUCCCAAGCAGGAAUUAAGAUUGCCGGAAGAAAUAUCAACAACCUCAGAUAUGCAGAUGACACAACCUUGAUGGCAGAAAGUGAGGAGGAAUUAAAGAACCUUUUAAUGAUGGUGAAAGAGGAGAGCGCAAAAUAUGGUCUGAAGCUCAACAUCAAAAAAACCAAGAUCAUGGCCACUGGUCCCAUCACCUCCUGGCAAAUAGAAGGAGGCAGUGAGAGAUUUUACUUUCUUGGGCUCCUUGAUCACUGCAGAUGGUGACAGCAGUCACGAAAUUAAAAGACGCCUGCUUCUUGGGAGAAAAGCAUCUUAAAAAGCAGAGACAUCACCUUGCCUACAAAGGUCCGUAUAGUUAAAGCUAUGGUUUUCCCAGUAGUGAUGUCUGGAAGUGAGAGCUGGACCAUAAAGAAGGCUGAUCGCCGAAGAAUUGAUGCUUUUGAAUUAUGGUGCUGGAGGAGACUCUUGAGAGUCCCAUGGACUGCAAGAAGAUCAAACCUAUCCAUUCUUAAGGAAAUCAGCCCUGAGUGCUCACUGGAAGGACAGAUCGUGAAGCUGAGGCUCCAAUACUUUGACCACCUCAUGAGAAGAGAAGAAUCCUCGGAAAAGACCUUGAUGUUGGGAAAGAUGGAGGGCACUAGGAGAAGGGGACGACAGAGGACGAGAUGGUUGGACAGUGUUCUCGAAGCUACGAACAUGAGUUUGACCAAACUGCGGGAGGCAGUGGAAGACAGGAGUGCCUGGCGUGCUAUGGUCCAUGGGGUCACGAAGAGUCGGACACGACUAAACAACAACAACAACAACCUGCAGGGUCACAAUUUCACCAAAAUUCUGACAUUAUCCAAUUCACUCAAAAAUGGUGCUAUAUUCACUCCUUCAGAUCCUAUGAAUGGUGCUAACGUAGUUCAAACAUAACUGGCUGAGGUAUAACCAGGCUGAUACAGUAUUUCCACACUUUUUAAGAAAAGAAGAAGAAGAAAACCUGUCUAGAAGUUGACUCCAGUGCAGGAGAAGCAGAAGGCAAGACCACCAGAGAAAGUUUGUGGUGGUGUUGUUUCAAAAUGGAAAUGGCGGUACACCUUGGAGAAGGAUGGAAAGCCUAGCUGUUGUUAAUAAUAUUUAAAGGUGAGCCUUCUUGUGCUGGAAAUAUAUGGUGGGAGAUGCAAUACUGCAAGGUGGAACAGCUUUUAGUGAACUUUCAAAAAACUAAAAUAAUGAUAUUUUCCAACAAAAGGAAAACAUUUAUCUGGCAAAUAGACAACCAACCUAUCGAGCAGGUGACCUGCUUUAAGUACUUGGGUGUAGUCUUCCAAUCCUCCAGGAAGAACAUGGCGCAUAUUAAACAUGCAUCCUUGUUAGCACAAAGGAGUGCGGCUGCAAUUGUAAGAUACCAUCGCUCAACAUGGGGGAAUUAUAUCCCAGCAGCCCUCAAGUUAUUUGCGGCCAAACCACUAGCCCAA